GCCCUCUUCCCUUUUCUAAAGUUACUUCAAAGCAGGGUGUAAAGUCCCAGACCGGGUUCAUUCAACCCUGCAGACACAGAGAGCAUAGCCGAAGCUUCUGGACCCGCGGGGUGCCCAGGGUGAGCAGAAUCCAUGGAGAAGUUCAAGGCCAUGCUGGACCUGCAGAGCAAGCACCGCAGCGCCCUGGGCUAUGGCUUGGUGACCCUGUUGACGGCGGGUGGGGAGAAGAUUUUCUCCGAGGUGGUGUUCCAGUGUCCCUGCAACGCCACCUGGAACCUGCCCUAUGGCCUGGUGUUCCUGCUGGUGCCAGCACUGGCACUCUUCCUCCUGGGCUAUGCGCUCAGCGCGCGCACCUGGCGCCUGCUCACAGGCUGCUGUUCCCGGAGCGCGAGCGCGCGAUCCAGCUCGGGGUUGCGCCGCGGGUUCGUGUGCGCGCAGAUCAGCGCGGCCGCCGCGCUGGCGCCCCUCACCUGGGUGGCAGUGGCGCUGCUCGGGGGCUCCUUCUACCAGUGUGCUGUCAGCGGGAGCGAGUCCAUGGCCAGGCACCUGUGCAAGGGCCGCGACCCCAGCUGCGUCGCCAAGCUACCGCAGGUUCCCUGCAAGAAGCAGGAGGCGGAGAUGCAGGACAUCCUGAGUCAGCUCAGGGCUCAGUCUCAGGUGCUGGGCUGGGUCCUGAUAGCAGCAGUCAUCAUUUUACUUCUGGUCGUGAAGUCUGUCACUCGAUGUCUCUCUCCGGUUAGUUAUCUGCAGCUAAAAUUCUGGGAAAUAUAUUUGGAAAAGGAGAAGCAGAUCCUUCAAAGUGAAGCUAUGGAACAUGCGACCCAGCUGGCCAAAGAGAAUGUCAGGUGUUUCUUUGAGUGCACGAAUCCGAAGGAAUGCAGUACCCCGAGCAGUAAAGCCUGGCAGCAAAUCUCCGCCCUGUACACGUUCAAUCCCCAAAAGCAGUACUACAGCAUGUUGCACAAGUACGUGAACAGAAAGGACAUGAGUGGCAGCCUCCGCUCUGUGGAAGGAGACGCAGUGGUCCCUGUCCUUGGCUUUGUAGAUGCCUCCGGGAUGGCCACCACUCAUGGGGUGUGAUCUUACAAGUGAACAGGGAAAAAAAAAUCAUGUUGAAUUGUUGCUUCACAUAAGAAAGUGAACAUUAGUAUGUUUUAUGGCUGCUUGCUUUCUUCUUCCAAAUUGUGAGACUUUCAGAUCUGAGAUUGGGACUUAUGUCUCACCAUUUUUUUUCAUGUGUUUAUUGUUAAACAAAACUGAGGGAAGAUAAUUUGCCCAAAGUGACAAUCUAGACUACAAGUUUUAUACCUUUAUUUUGUGUCAAAUAAGAGUCACUGGUGUAGGAAUAAUUGAACUUCAGAUCUUUCUGUUACAUUAUCUGACGCUAGUUUCAAGGUUGGGGUGUUGUUGUUGUUGUUUGCCAAAGACAGAGUAUUAGGAACCUAACACUAAUGUCAUUAUAAUUUGCUUUGUGCUUUAGUGCCCACUGUAUUUCUAACCAGACUUACCACUAUUGUUCAAGUACUAUGACAUUUAUGAUUCUAAUAUGGUUUCUGUAUAAAAGUUAAUCAUGAAAAAGAAAACUGUAGACAAUGAUUUUUUUUCCAUUUUUAAGAUCAAAGGCGCCCUAGUACACACCUUUAACCCUGCCACUCAGGAGGCAGAGGUAAGCAGGUCUCUGAAUUUGAGGCCACCCCAAAUUCCAGGGCAGACAGGUUGAGAUCCUGUCUCAAACAAAGCAAAAUAAACAAAAAAGAUUUGCCUA